GUAGAUUACCCAGAUAGUUCGUAACGUCAUCAAAUAAUUCAUUACCAAGUUGUACCAUUUCUAGUGCCACGUAAUUUUGACGUUGAUUAUUUUGUUUCAUUAUAAAUAUAUACAAGUAUUUAAAUUAAAUAUAACAACAAGUAAAUUAUUAAUGAUAAUAUUUAAUAACUUGAAAUAAUAAUUUACGUGUAAAAAAAAUAAUGGGUUCAUCACAAAGUCUCGAAGUACCUGGUGGCGGUACCGAGGGUUACCACGUCCUGAGGGUACAAGCUGGAUCACCAGGUUACAAAGCCGGGUUAGAGGCAUUCUUUGAUUUUAUUGUUUCUAUUGGUAACAUAAGACUGGACCAGGACAAUGAUACACUGAAGGAUAUACUGAAAACAAACAUAGACAAGGAAUUGCAGCUGACGGUCUACAACAGUAAGAAUCAAACUGUCAGACAGACGACAAUAGUACCGAGUAUGACGUGGGGCGGUCAUGGUUUGCUGGGUGUCAGUAUUCGGUUCUGUUCAUUCGAAGGUGCCAAUGAAAACGUAUGGCACGUAUUAGAAGUACAUCCGUCAUCUCCAGCAGAGCUUGCUGGCCUUAGAUCAUUUACUGAUUACAUUAUUGGUGCUGAUUCAGCUCUACAUGAAAGCGAAGACUUAUUUACGUUGAUUGAAGCCCAUGAAGCACGACCACUUAAAUUGUAUGUCUACAAUACCACUGAUGAUACCUGUCGUGAAGUUACGAUCACACCAAAUUCUAAAUGGGGGGGCGAAGGAAGUCUUGGUUGUGGUAUCGGUUACGGUUAUCUUCAUAGAAUACCCAUAAGAAAUGUAUUUGAUAACAAAAUUUAUCAAAAUUCAUAUCAGACAUCAGUUAAAACCCCGAUAGCUGCGCAAGCACAGCCAGUUAAUUACGAACCGCAAGUUAAUAACAAUCCUGCAGUAACAGCUGUACCACCAGGUUUUGCAAUACCGCCUAACUACAUGUCGACAUCAUCGGGUAUUAUGCAACCGGCUGAUACUACUGUCGUUUCAUCAAUAGCUACACCAACGAUACCAAUUUCCACGGUGCCAGUACCGCAGACAAUGCCAAUUGAUGCGUCAGCACCACCUAAAUUUAUUGAUCCUGCAAUUGCUGGUGCUUCAACAACCACCAAUCCGGCAGCUAACUUCUUCAAUCAGCCAAAUUACUCCCAAAAUUCGCCAAUGUAUCAAAACACUCCAAGUAUACCUGGAAUGCCAGUAGCACCACCAGCUCAACCGUUCCUCGUGGACACAUCUAUUCCAGAUUCAUCACCAAGUCUUCAGUAUAGCUUUAACCCACCAGCAAUGCCGCAGCAAACAAAUAUUCCAACAUCAAACGUGCCGUACUUACCCCAGUCUCAAGUGGUAACGACACCAAUUUCACUUCCCGGCAUGCCACCCAUCACCGUGAGCGCAAGCUUACCACAAACGAGCAAUUUCUUCCCAAUGCAAGAUCAAAAUCAAAUGACAAACGUCAACACGAGUGUCACUAUUCCAACUUCUGCUACGGCACAAUAAAAUUAAUUAUUAUUUUAUAAUUAUCACUAACAUCUUCCUCUGGAUUAUUUUCAGAUUGAAUUUUCAAGAGGAUUCGAAUAAAUGGAGAUACUAAAAAUAUUUUAUAAUAAAAUGAUGCAGACGUGUCCAUUUUAUAUGAAAAAUAAUAAUAAUUAAUGAGCUAAUUAAUUUAAAAUAUAAGGCUCGAUGUAAAUACGAUUGGAUUAUCAUUUUUAAAAAAUUUUAAAAGUUAUUAAUAAUUAUUAAUAUUAAAUAAUAAUUUAACAAAAUAUAUCAGUUUAUAAUCAAUAAAUAUGUAUGGCAAAAUGACUUUGUUUUGAUUGCGUUCAACAUUAAUUUACUAAUUAAUAAUAAUAAUUAUUAUUAUUAUAAUAAAAUUGAUAGUUUUGUAAUAAGAAAAAAAAAUAAUAGUGAUAAGAUUAUAUAGAAGUGUGGAUGUAACUGACAUGUGGAAUUUUUUAAAUGUUUGAAUAAAUAAAUAAAACGUUAGUUGGAAUAAAAAUUAAAAAAUGCAAAUUUAGAUGAGUGUGAAUGUAACAGAUAUGAGACAAAUUUUAAAUUACAAAUAAACGAGUAUAAGAAUAAAAAAAUGCACGUACAGAUUUUGAAAUUUCAUAAGUGCGCAUUUUUUUAAUUUUAUUCGAUUUUCAUUUAUUUCAAAUACAAAAUUGAAAAUUUUCAGCUAUAUUCACACUCAUUUAGAUCAAUGAAAAAUUAGUACGCGCGUUUUUUUAAAUUUCAUUAUUUCAAUAAAUUGAAUUAUUUAUUUAAAAUUCAUAAAUUUUCUGAUGGCUGCUACACUCACACUCAUAACUUCAGGAUCAUUAUUUAUCUACAUGAUUAUUUAUAAAAAAUUGUUAUGAGUGUGAAUGAAAUUGACAAGUGUUAAUUUUUUUAAUUUUUGAAUAAAUAAGUAAAAUGUAAGUAAAACAAAAAUUUAAAAAUGCAUGAGUGUAAACGUACCUGAUAAUCAGCAGUUUUUUAAAUUUUUGAAUAAAUAAAUAAAAUGUAAGUGGAAUAAAAAUUAAAAAAUGAGUCUUUAGAUCAAUGAAAAAUCAGUACGCGCAAUUUUUUAAAUUUCAUUAUUUUAAUUAAUUAAUUGAUAAAUUGUCUGAUGUCUGCUACAUGAUACUGAAGUUAGCCGACGUCUAAUAAUUUUUGGAGUUUUUUAGAAAUGAUAAAUUAUAAAAAAAAAAUAUUUUUAAAAAUUGCACUUAUAGUUUUUUAAAUUUUCUACAAGUGGAUGUUUUCAGAUUUUUUUUUUUUGUAAUUAAUUAACUAAAAAAAAAAAUCAAAAAAUUUUCAAUUGUGUGCUGACUUCAAGAUCAUGUCUGCUACAUUCAUACUCAUAAUUCAGGAUAAUUAUUUAUCUACGUGAUUACUUAUAAAAAAUAAUUAUGAGUGUGAAUGUAACUGACAAGUGUCAAUUUUUUAAAUUUUUAAAUAAAUAAAUGAAAUGCAAAUAGAAUAAAAAUUAAAAAAUGUAAAAUUAAAUAAAUGAAAAAUUAGCGCGCGCGUUUUUUAAAAUUUAAUUAUUUUAAUUAAUUAAUUUAUUUAUUUAAAAUUUAUAAAUUGUCUGAUGGCUGCUACUCUCACACUUAUAACUUCAGGAUAAUUAUUUAUCUACAUAAUUACUUAUAAAAAAUAAUUAUGUGUGUGAAUGUAACUGACAAGUGUCAAUUUUUGAAUAAAUAAAUAAUAUGCAAGUAAAAUAAAAAUUUAAAAAUGCGUUUUAAAUAAAUGAAAAAUUAGCACGCGCGUUUUUAAAAAUUUCAUUAUUUAAAUUAAUUAAUUUAUUUAUUUAAAAUUUAGAAAUUUUCUGAUGGCUGCUACACUCACACACUCAUAACUUCAGGAUAAUUAUUUAUCUACAUGAUUACUUAUAAAAAAUAAUUAUGGGUAUGAAUGAAACUGACAAGUGUCAAUUUUUUAAAUAUUUGAAUAAAUAAAUUGUAAGUAGAAUAAAAAUUUUAAAAUGCAUGAGUGUGAAUGUACCUGACAAUUAGUAGUUUUUAAGAUUAAUUUAUUUAUUUAUAAUUAAAAAAUUGUCUCAUGUCUGCUCCAUUCACUCAUAAAAAUGCGCGUUUUUUAAAAUUUCAUUAUUUAAAUUAAUUUAUUUAUUUAAAAUUUAUAAAUUGUCUGUCUGCUACAUUCACACUCAUCAAGAUUAUCAAAUAUUUUUAAAUGGUAUCCAUGCUUAUAUUCUGUCCCAUUUUACAUGACUUACAUAUCUUUUAAAUUUACUAUUUAUAAAUAAUAUAACAAACUCCAUUUGUUCUUAUUUUUAAUUAUUCAAAAAAAUUUCUUUUUUAAUAACAAAGUAAUUUAGAUAAUAACUUCAGUGUCACCAAGUUCUUCAUCAGUCGGCAGAGUGAAUUUUGACGGGUCGAUGAGGUUUCGCUCAAUGGGUUUCAGACCAUGAUCUUCUCGGUACCGGAGAACGAGGUAAGCUUCACGUUGGGCCCAGUUCCGGCACUUUGGAUCAGGUAGAUAACAAAAAAUGAAA